AUGUCAGGCGGCCACCUGUCAUUUGAGGAUUUGGUAAAUAUUCCCGACGGGAACUGGAAGCGACCUGUGGAGAAGCAAGUCUUCAAUCUCUACGGGCAGGCCAUUGUCAUGAGUCUGGUAGUGGAUUUUGUGAAGAAGACGGGAUACUUUCCAGAGGUAAGUAUGCCGGAUGAGAAGUUGGGGGGUUUGGUUAAUUAAAGGGAUCAUGUUUAGUUGUACUUCAAAUGCUUAUUAAUAUGCAUGACAAUGAACCAGGGAAGCAGUAAUGCUCAGUAUAUACAUAUCUACUUCGAAUGCAGAAAACGCUUCAGAGAAAGACAAGAGAGACCAGAAUGACAUUUAAUGCUCAUUGGACGCCAAAACCAGCCACAUCAAAGCGGGGUUCGGGCUGAACGGGAUUCGAACUCGGGAUCUUUAAUCGUUGAAUCCAACGCCCUAAUCACUGAGCCACGGGCUCGUUGUCCUGUCGGUUGAGAAACUGGCGGUGUUCGACAAAGAGAUCCAAGGAAUUGCGCGACAAGUGCGUUCCGUAACGCGACCGGUAAAUUCUGACUGAUGUAUAAGCCCAGAAACAGAAGAUGCCAUCACUGGAACAAGACGUUUAUUGGCCUGUCCUCUCGGAUUUUUACUCGGACUCAUUACCGAAGAAAACUGCAAUUUUGACAAAGCAUGAAUAAAUUAAAACAUGAAAGUUUGACUGUAGCAUACGACGAUUUCCACCGCAUGCUCGACAGCAAGGUUAGGCAGGCAUGGUGACUUGCGCUGUGUCUAACCCACUCUCUCCUCCUCCUCCUCCCUCGCCUGGGCUGGGUGUCGAAACAGAGUCAAGAAAACCGGAAUUGGGGUUUUUGGGGGUGGAUAGCGCGACCGAACUCGCACCUGGACGCUCCUCUCCACAUCUUCUGGUUUAUAACAGACAACUGACUAGGAUUUUGACCAACAAGAACGGAAAAACGUAAAUGACUGGUCAGCCUAUAUACACAGCGGGAGCGCAGGUGCAAGCGCAUCUACCGCCAAGGAACCAAGUACCGAAGGACGGCCAGCGCACACCAGACUGCAAAAGCCAUGGUUUGCUGAUUAUGGUAUUAGCGGACGCUUACAGUCCUUCAGACCCAGUAGGGUAGCACGCAGCCCUGCAUUUAGCCUGGUCCAUCAGCCUCCAAAGGCUGGGUAACCAGUCAGUCGUUGACUGACAGCCACUACCCACUAAAAACUACGCUACACACACGUUCCCCACGAGCGCGAGAGAGCCAGCGGUCAUGUUAAGAAGGAGUUAUGACAGCCUAACUCUUAGCCCACCAGUCCGGCACACCACACAAACACGCACACAACUGGGCAGACUCUGUGGACUGAGUUGAGGCGUCAGUCGGCAGCCUUCUAAACCACGGCGCUUGGCGCACCAUGUUAGUCUCGGACAUAAAUCACACAUGCAUCAGAGGAGUCGCAUGGAGACGGAGCCGGGACACGCACACUGCCCAAUUGCGUGGAAGGUGGCAUUUGGAUGCUCGUGGUGGAUGAUGUUGCUUGGUGCGGGUUAUGAUGGGAGAUGAUGUGUUCGUGUAAUAUUGCGGUGGUUGUCUACUGUAGGAUUUUGUGAAUGCGUAUGUAACGUUAUAAGCCCGUGCGGUGAGUGGAUGUACGAUGAAAGUAAGUGUCGAUUGGUGCUCCAGACACUGGUUAACCAGCCUCCGCACGAUAGAUUUGCAAGUGACUGACAACGCCGAUGUGUAAAUUAAAUGUGCGAUUGCAAUGAGGACAGGUAUAAACCGUGUCCACAUCGCUGGAGGUGGGGGUUUUGGUGAUGAUGGGGCGUUAGACGUCGUCCUAUCCAUUUGGAAAAGUUCGUGAUGUCGUGACGGUGAUGAUGCUAGCCGCUGCCUCGAUGCAGCUGUUGGAGCAGGGCAGAUGGUGUCGGUGGAUUUUGGUGGCGGGACAGUGGGAGUGUGAUCGGUGAUGACGGGAGUGGCGAUUGGCGUGGGGUUUGCCACAGAGAGCAAGAGUGGCUAAAGAGGUGGACGUUGUCGGGUUGAUGGCGCACUGGGCCUGAAGGUGUCAAAAGAGACCGAUUUGUGCCCGGAAUGGGCGUUAGCAGCACGGGCAUGUUGGAGGCGGCGGCUAAUUGGAAUAGAGGAGCCGAGACACUUGCGAUUUGCAAGCCUCCCCUUCGGCUUUGGCGUCAGCGGCCCGAUUUGCUUCUUAAAUGGCAGCGCCAGUCUUCGCUUCUCUUCUCCAGGCCGGUCUGCUCUGGGCGAGGUCCUUCCAAGUCUCUGGGUCGAUAUGCAAUCGCUUAAGAGAAUUCUUCAGUGGGUUCUCGUAAUGUCGUUUUGUGGCAUCCCCGUCGGCAAGCACCGAUGGCGACGUACAUCUACCAUCCUUACGAGAUGGUCGUCCCAACGUAGUUGCAGUUGACUCAUCAUGGGGUGGAUGUUGAAGACUCCGGUCCAUUCUAGAACUUCCGUGUCAAAAACCCGUCUCGCCAUCUCAUCUUCAGUAUUCUAAAAAGGCAGUUAAGAUGGGAGUGGUUGAACUUCUUGACAUGUCUGGAGUAGAUGGUCCAGGUGCCCCCUCUGUCGAGAACUGGGCUAGAUCGCAGUUGGUAGCCAGGAAUGGGGAAGCGGACGACGACCUUAACCCUAAUCCUAACCUUAACUCUAACCCUAUCCCUAACCUCAACCUUGGACGUUAACCGUUAACCCUAACAGCAACCCUAGCCCUAACCCAAAUCGUAAAUAUAACCGUAGCCCUUAGGCCUAGCCGUAACUCAAAAAACCUAACCAUAAUAGUGAAACCUAAUCGUACGCUCAAACCCCAACCGUAACCCGAAAACCUAAGCCUAAAGGCAUAACUCUAACCCGAAAAUCGGAAACCAUUAACCGGUACCCUAAUCCUAACCUCAAACGUAAAACGGAAGCAAAGUGGGUCAGAUGCGAUUAUGGAGCCUCACAAAAUAGCCCCAGUAAACAAAGGUUAGGAUUAGGGUUAAGGUAGCCGUCCGCUUCCCCAUUCCUGGCUACCAACUGCGAUCUAGCCAAACCCCAGUCACCUUCAAUACGGGACCGAUGGUAAUAGGGGUUUUUACAGGUGAAGUCGGGAAACGCACAGGCGACGAGGUCAAGUAGUUGUAUGCAAAAGAAAAGCUAUUGGGAGUGCGUGAUUGUAUUUUCAGUGGUUGAGAAAUAGUUGUGAUAACUCCUAACCCUAACCCCUAACUAUAACCGCUUGUCCUAAACCCCAACCGCUAACCCUCCAUCAGGUGGAGCUGCUAAAUCACAUCUCACCUUCAUUUGAAGGCCAUGCUGAUUCCACACGGAGUUCUGCAGCCGGCCGAAGGCUUGGCUGCUUUUUGAGGCCCGGUGGGCGGCUUCGUCCUCAAUUCUUAUCCAAUGUGACACUGCGUUGUCUAGGUAGUUGAAGCUAUCCACGGGCUCACUUCAGUUCCGUUGACGCGGAUGCGAGAGACAGUGUAUUCGGCGGCCGAUGACUGUUGAUGAAUGAUUACCAUCUUGUCCCUACUGAUGGUCAUUUCGAAGUGGAAGCAACGGGCGGCCAGGACGUCCAUGCUCCGUUGCAUAUCUUCUUCGGUCGUGCUGUUGAAUGCAAAGUCGUCUGCGAAGAGCAGGUCGUGGAGAGUCUCGUUGAGGUCUAUUUUGGCUGGCUGCUGUGUCGGUGACCGUCGGUCCUGAAAUCAAUGCGGAUCCAAGGAGACGCCUAUCACGGUAGGCGUCCACCAGCAUUGCAGACAACUAGAGAUUUAAGAGUGCGGACGCGAGUUCAGUAACCAUGAAUGCCUCGGAGAUGGCGCUGUUGUCCGUAACGUGCGCCAUCACCUCAUUUUGGAGCUGAUGUAUCAUAUGCGUGAAUCGCUCGGGUCAGCCGAACUUCGGCAUGAUUCUCCACAGCCGUUUGCGAUUGACUGUGUCCAAGGAUUUCGUUAGAUCUACGAAUGUGGUGUAGAGGCGAGUCCGUAACUCCUGGCACUUCUCUUGAAGUUGACGGGAGGCAAAGAUCAGGUCAGUGGUUUCGUGGUGUUGCCGGAAUCCAUACUGGCUCUGCGGAAGAGGUCCUUGCUCUAGGUGGAUGUUGAGGCGAUUGAGGAGGAUGCCGAUGAUCUUCCCGUCGAUUUCGAGUAGCAAGAUGCCCCUGUAAUUAAAACACUCUUUUCCCAGAGUCGAUUUGAACAAGGCAAAGACGACGAAACAUGCAGAAUCUAAUGACGUCAUAAAGUGUCGCGACCUCCUAUUUGGCGGCACACGGUCAUUGCAUAUUUAUAAGAUUAGGUAAACUGCCCAAUCAGUGUUUGACCAUUGUCCAACAAAUCGAACCAAUCAGGCGCAACCUUGCCGUCUACACUACCAAAGACACUUUCUCCAUCGUAGAGGAGCUGCAGAAGCAGCAUUUGAUGAACAAGCACAUGAUCUCGCUUGACGUGCAGAGCCUGUUUACAAACGUGCCACUGGAUGAAAUAAUUGACAUAAUUUGUGAGCAUGAGGGUGAGACACGUUUACCAUCAGUUCAACUGCGGAAACUACUACAAAUAUGCAAUUCUUGUUAAACGGACAGUUGUAUCAACGAAUCAACUGUAAAGCCAUGGGUAAGUCCAUUGGGGCCAGUCCUAUCAGACAUUUUGAUAUCGAACUUCGAGCGAAAAUCAGCCCGAACCAUUCAACGAACCUCAUUCUAUAGGCGAUAUGUGGAUGAAAAUUUCGCCAUAGCCAAAAAGUCUACGGCCCAGAGAAAUAUUACUUAAGGUUGUGAAAAAAGUAGAUACAAAGAUCGAAUUUACGAUCAAGCAUGAGAACAACGAAACACUGCCUUUUCUAGAUAGUUUUGUACGUGGGCUGGCAGAUGGUUCCAUUCAGAGAUCCAUCUAUCGAAAACUCACCUGGAAAGGACAGUAUAUGCACCCCCUCAGUUUCGCUCCAUUUCAGAGAAACGGAACUUGAUUUUGUGCCUGUUCAGCAGAGCCAUUCCAGACUGUCAGUGUGAGCGGACUCACCCUACCAGUCUGACGAGGGCGAAGAGGAGGGGGAAGAGAGACAGAGAGUGUGUUCACGAAUGGAAGAGAAUAUACGCAUCCCAGGCUCUUGUUUAAAAGAAGGCGAAGGCGCGAUCACUGGGACAGUAAGUUUAUUUGCCUGAGCUUUCGAACUCGAACUAGAGGUCGGCGUUUUGGCGCCGAUACGUGGACGAUACAUUGUUCAUUAUUGAAAAGGACAACCUAUCGGGUUUCCAAGACCUACUUAACAGCAUAUUCCCCGACAUUCAGUUUACAAGAGAAGACGAGGAGGACGAAAAACUACCCUUCCUGGACGUGCUCAUCACGCGCGCACCUGACAGUGAACUCAGCACUACAGUGUACAGAAAGGCGACCAAUACAACCCAGGUCCUCAACCAUCAUAGCAACCAUCCAUUGGUGCACAAACGGGGCUGUGUGAGGGCGACUUUCGACCGGGUAAAAACGCACUGUAGCGAGCCCGAAGGAAGGAUGCAAGAACUACGGCAUCUCCAGGACCAAUUAACAAAGAACGGCUACCCAAAUAGUUUUAUCAGUCGCUGCAUACGCGCACACCCACGCCGGACAAACGGAAGAGAGAUACCAACAAUUUGGCACUCCCUACCGUACAUAAAGAAUGUGUCCGAGGCUACAGAACGCAUUGCGUCAGAGCUAGGCGUGGGCAUCGCUCAUCAUCCGGCGGCCACCAUGCGUAGCAAGAUCAUGAAAAUGAAGGAUCGGCUGGACGCAGGUGAACAGUCGGGCGUAGUCUAUCGGAUCUCGUGCCAAAACUGUCCUUGCCACUACACAGGCCAGACAGGACGACGUCUGAGCUCACGAAUACUUGAGCACAAACGGGCCGUUCGGAGAGGCGACCCACUGUCUCAAGUAGCCACUCACACGCUCGAGGAAGGGCAUGAGUUCGACUUCGCCAACACGCGGAUAUUGGCGCGAGCCGGCAACAAGACAGGGCGAGAGCUGUUGGAGGCGUGGGUGUCGGACACCAACUCCAUCAACAGACACAUCGAUUUGCCUGCGUGUUAUCACGCGCUCCGCCCACGCAGCCAGGUGGCGCAGCUCACACCGUCGCGAAGUGCAAAUGGCGUCACCACGCCGGGGGAACAUCGUGGAUCAGGCGGCACAAACCCUACCUAGCCACGGACGCACUCCCCCUCCCCCCCGCAAGGAUGAACGAUAUAAAUGUUCACAAUUUGCUGCACUCGAGUAACCUCUGAUGAUGAACUCUAGUUCGAGUUCGAAAGCUCAGGCAAAUAAACCUACUGUCCCAGUGAUCGUGCCUUCGCCUUCUUUUAAAGAGAGUGCGUUGUUUCGGAUUUGAUUGUUUCGAGCGUGAGUUUUGAGUCUGAGGCCACGGUCAGUGUGCAGAUACCGUGAACCCAGAAUUUGUUUAGGGCACAUCUUAUAGCCCACGUCUCGUGGGAGAAACCUGUGCCCUCCCUAAAUAGGGCUGCCUUGUCGCAUCAGACGGGUACCGCUCUCCACCAUGGGUCAUAGGGUUUGGAGAGAAGACAACCAUUGAUCUGAGCCACCUACGUGAUUGCAUUUCACCCUCCCCGUGGAACUUUCGACGGUGAAGGAGGACAGUAGAGAAGGAGGGGUGAGGAAGGGAAGGGGGAGAAUGCUGGAAAAGGAGGGAGGAGAAUGCGGAGGGAGAAGGGAGUAGAGCGGAGGGGAGGGAGAGAGAGAAAGAGUAGAGAAGAGGAGGAUGGAGGGGAGCAGAAUUCCCGUGUGGGCAGAUGGACGCACAGAUACCCUUCCCUGGUUUGGCUCGCAAUCGAGGCGGUUACCGAAGUCUGGCCGUUAGGCAGAGCCUAGCUUCGGUGAGCUACAGAUAUGAGUUGGGUACUAAGUAAUGGACGCUAGGUGUGGUCAUACCUGCAAGCCAAGGAGCUACCUACUGCGACCUUAACGUGAACCCACCGCUGGACACCCCUAAAUCCUCUGCUAAAUGUCAGCCAGAACUCCCAAUACACUGGCUUAUACAACAUCGUUUAACUGUAAACAUGCUACUAUGGGGGUUUCAGUAGCUAAUUUUGUAUGAAUUAACUUUAGAACGGUUGGAAUAUUGACUGUAAAUGCCAUCAAUAUGUUGUUUGUUGUUAUUUAUCAAAUACACCGGGCGGAGGAGGGGGAAGAAGGUGGAAGGGGAGAGAGGGGGAAGAUUGGAGAAGGGGAGGGAGGAGAAUGGAAGAGAAAGGGACGAAGGGUGGAGGAGAGCGAGAGUAGAAAUGGGGGAAAUGGAUGCGGAGAAGACGGGGGGAGAAGGGUGAGGAGGAUGGAGGGGAGCAGACUUGGAGAUGCAUGUACGGAUACACUCCCCGGUUUAGCCCGAAGGUCGAGACGGUAACCGGGGUUGUGAUAACUAGACAGAACCAGUUAAUGCGUGCUACGCGUCGUCAUACCUGUAAGCAAUUGAGCGACCUGCUACGACCUGCACGUUGAUCCACAAAUGACACCCUUACAAUCUAUAUUAACACAUACUUACAAGUAUUACAUGCUUGUUGCGUGUACUUAUUCAGCUAAUCUUUCUAAUUUCUUUAUGUACUGGUGUCUAUUAACUACGGUAUUGUAAUCAUUAGGGGGUUCAAAGGUGUACGCCUACGUUUCAUUUAAUAAAAGUGAACUGAAUAGUUGAUACAUGCAGCUGAAACCGAUUACAGUUGAUAACUUCCCGUUUUGAGAAAAUACGCGGAAAUAUAAAGUCGCUGAAAGGAGUGAAACCCAAUUAACGUUGAUUGAACAGUCCUCUUAUUUCUACCUUUCACAAUUACAGGCACCAAUCAACAACUAUUCAAUCCGCUUCCUAAAUGUCGCUUCCGCAAUAUGUCCAGGAGUUGAGCACAGAAAAACACACACUCCGAACCAGGACUUCAUCGUGAUCGUCAAGUCCGGCGUCUACAAUUUUCAGAGCCGACGUCAAAUUCGGGUCCUGUUCAAAGACAUGGCACAAGAGGGUCGUGUUCUGGGCAAGCAGCUGGCGCUGGUAUUCUCCGUCGGGUUGCCAAGACGGGCGAAGAACAACUUCUUCGAACGUGACGGCUUCAACAUCACUCUGCCUGGUAGGGCGGGACAAUCCCUCCUCAACGUGGGACCUCGCUACGCGGACAUCAUGCUUGCGCUGAGGAAGGAGACGGAAAUACACGACGAUCUCUUGGUUGGGGACUAUGAAGACACCUAUUACAAUCUCACCCUCAAGAUGCAUUACACCUUCGUUUGGGCAGCUCGUUUCUGUCGGCCGACGGUCAAUCACCGUGCUUCACCCCUGUUCAUCUUUCUGGACGACGACUUCUCCUUCAACGUGGCCAAUCUAGUCAACCUCCUGCGGAGUGUUGAGUCUACGGAACCACCCAAACGCCUCUUAAUAGGCAAUAACAGGAUGCAUAACCCCACGAUACGGCCUAGUGCCGGCGGUGAGUACAAGAAGUGGGCCCUAUCGAAGCGGGAAAUGCCCAGUCCGGAACUGCCUCCACACUGCAACGGAGCCUUCUAUAUCCUCGACUACACAUCUCUGGAGGAAAUUGCGAUAGCGAUGCACUUCAUCACUGUCCUGCCACUAGAUGACGUCUGGUUGGGUCUGGUGAUGACUCGGCUAGGUCUGCAGUUCGAAAAACCAUACCAAAACGCCUACAAUCCACUGCCGUCUGCGAACGCUGAUAGCGCAGUAUUCGCACCCCUUGAAGUCUUCUUUAAACGCAGACACGAUAAGCAACUGCUUGAGCGUUAUCCAGUGCGAAGACCAGACAGAACUCAGCCGAAGAUGGCUUUAGCACGGGAAAGCAGCAGCACAGCAUGGUCAACGGUCCCAUCUCCCCUGAACUCGACGUAUGCCUAA